AUGCCAUGUAUGGCUGUUAGGUUGUGGAGUUAUGUUCAGAAUCGAGAGGACGCCGGAAUUGAGAAGGACAAGGUUAAGGUUGUGAACGGCAUGAAUAGCAAGGUUAAGGACUCAGAUGUCAAAGAUUAUACAGUCAAUGGUGGGGAGCUCAAAGUCAAUGGGAGUGUACCAGACGACCCAGCACAAAGUUUUAUGCCUCUCUGUCGACAUAAUGCUGACCAUCCCGGUCAAGCCGCAACUUCUCUUCUCUGGAGCGCAAGUACGACUUCCCAAUCAUGUCUUGUGCCUAUUUUGGAGCUCUUAUUAAUCCCCGGAAAGGGCAAUUCAGGGAGAGCCUUACCUCUAUUCACUAUUGCAACCUCAAACCAUGCCCACAACAAUAACAACAACAGGAAGAAGUCAAUGCCGAUGAUGCAGGCCAUAAAACGCCAACUGACCGCCUCUUCCUUGUUCCAGCUUUUGAUAAAUGGGAGCGGAGAUAAGGGACAGACCAUGACCGAGGCUAUGAGUGGUAGAAGGAGCUUCGCCACACUAAUACCUAUUCUGCGCACCGCAAAGUCCAUUUUCAAGGUCCUGAAAAACCAAGAUGUUAUCACGUAUAGCCCCUCCCCAAGCAGUGCCUUCAUAUAUAUAUUCUCCUCUCCCAUUCAUAUGGCAUCAAAGAGCGAAGCCUGUGCCAUAUCAGAAAAUCCGUCGAGUGGAUCUUGUAUAUUUCAAAAGACUGAGCACAAUAUUGAUACUGACGUAGGACGAGAGAACAUUGGGCAUUCCCACAGGAGAGACGCGCAUGUAGAUCUAGAUGAUGAGUUAGAACAGCAGUCUAUCCUCGCACGGAUGUUAGCUGUGAUUUGUGAAGAAUACGACGAAGGAAAUAUCAUAUAUAUAGAGCAAGUAUCUGGAGGUGAAAGUUUCUACAUAAAGCAUCGUUAA